CAUGGCGACUUUUAUGGAAUUUUCAUUGACAGAACCACAUCCAUUGAUUUCCAAGUAGCACUCAAUCUUUGUGGUGUUACCUUUUACUUUCUUUUGUUAUUUAGAAUGUCAAGAGGCUCUGGGUAUGGAGAAAGGAGCGAUCUCUGACGGGCAGAUUAGUGCUUCGUCACAGCUUGAUGCCAACCAUGAAGCCAGUCAGGGUAGACUGAAUUUGAAAGGAUCUUGGUCAGCUUACGCUAAUGACGCUGAGCAAUGGCUACAGAUUGAUUUAGGUACCAAUCCUGUCACUGUCACACGGGUGGCAACGCAAGGAAUUAAUUUCCAGAGCCAGUGGGUAAUAAAUUACACGCUGAAAUAUAGCGACGACGGUCUGAAUUUCCAGUUGUACAAACAACAGGGACAAAGUGAACACAAGGUUAGACACCUGGCACUGCAGACAUUUAUAUUGUGCGGAGUAUGUUACUUUUUUAAUGAAGUGAUUGUUGCUUGUCAAAAAAAAAUUAGUAGAUACAGCAAAUAGCUGACCCGGCAAGGAAACAAAAUAGAGUUCAGUAAUCUGUUUCACUGAAUGUAACCCUUAAACCCAAAACUGUUAUUAUCAAAGUAAUCAUCUUGUGAGUUUCGAGAUCUUAUGCAUCGGUAGCCUGAAUUUCAUCCGAUUGCUUCGAGUCGUUUUCUCCUCUCAGCAGCUUCUGAAUCGACCAGCCGUUAAUGCUGUCCAGUGACGUCACUAUGCUACCCGAAAACAGGGUAGUGAUUUUGAUUGAUUGAUUGUCUAAACAUUCGCAUAAUUUAUACAUAAUUAUGAGAAAUUUUAGCGAGAUUGUCGCUUAUUCCGGGUAUUCAGCGGAUCGCAUUGGUGGAUUAACGCUUGCUUGGAGUUCAAACAUUUCGAUAAUCUUUAUCCGUAGUGCGCGAUUCAUUCAAUCAAAACUCCGACCGGUCCGACCGGGAAAAGUGGUCCACCUCAAAAGGUGGACCUGUCUUUUCGAAACUUUUCUGGUUGGACCAAAUCAAUCCAUUGAGUUUUGGACCCAAAUUUCCGGAAAUUUCGGUUGAAUGGGUCGCGCCCGUAAACAGCAAAAUUGCCCUGGCUUGUCUUCGAAACUGAAUUGCUAAAUUGAACUGCGAAUGAAGAAUCAUUGCGGAGAGUCGGUAGGUUUUUCAUUUAGAGCCGCUUUGUGGUUUCGGCAGUGAUUUUGUUUAUGCGAAGUUUUUGAGACCAAUGUCAUGUUGUCAUUCGGUCUUCUUGCUAUUUUCACCGUCAAGUGUAAUGAUUCUGUUAGCUUUUCUAUCUUGUUUCCUUGUUUUCUUUUUUAUUCGUUAAGGACAAAAUAGCUUCUUUUCAAUUAAAGGAAAUUGUUGUGUUUUUUAACUAAGUGUUCCGUGUGUGUAUUUAUUUCAUUGCGUGAUUACGACCGAGUUUGAAUUACAACUGGUUCAGAGUACUGCAUGCAGUUGAUAGUUUGUACGUUAAACAUGAAUUACCUUCGAAAAAAGUAAAGCAAUUCUAUCAGCUGUUCUGUAUCAUGUAGACAUUUCCAAACGAUAUUUCUUGGUUUGCCACUUGAAAAUCGUGUUUUAGUUUUUGCCUAAAUUACAACAAAGGAGUAGUGACGUCACUGGACGGCAUUAACGGCCGGUCGUUUCAGACGUCACUGAGGGAGUAAUAACGACUCGAAGUAAUCGGAUGAAAUUCAGGCUAGUGCAUCGGUUACCCCUUCAUUGGUAAAGUGUACUUUGAUCUUCGUCAUUCGUCACCAUACUUAAUCUCCUCAUUCAACUCCCUCUGAGGAGUCAGUCGGGGUGAGUGAGGCUGAAAAAAGUUUCCAGCACCGAGCAAACAAGAUGAUGGGUAUCAUUUGGGGUCGAGGAUAAUUUGUGGUCCAUUUUAGCCAUCCUUUUCCUUUUGGGGUGUCGUGGUCGGGGCUCAUUUGCGGUACUGUACAGUUCCCCAAAAUAAUUUUGAAUUUCACUCUGUUUUCUAAAGGAAAUUUUAAUUAACAUGUUCCCGAAAAUUCAAUGUUGUUAGCUUUCCGGAGUUUCAAGCACAUAGAGUUGUAAUGGGGGUCAGGCCUAACCUGUUGCAGAACCUGAAAAGGUAUCCGGGCAAAGCGUAAAGAAAAAAUAGUCAGCAGUUCUUUGGAGGGAAGAAAACGACCUCAGGCCCCAGUCUACUCGCACCCAAGUAACAACCAACUGCAAAAGACCAGAGAAGCAGCAAAAUUGUCGAACAAUAGAAGUCUAAAAGCAAAAGUUUAUUAAAAUGAUAUUAUUUUCAACUAGAAAAUCAAUGUCCCCCUGUUACUGGAAAGACUCAGCCGUUAACCUGUUCCCUAGACGCCAUUUCAGGAUACCUCUUCAGUGUUUUCUAGAAGUAAAUGGUCAAGGUCUCUUGUUCCCCAAAACCUCUGCCAGAUACUCAAAUUUCAUGUUCAUAGUGUUUGUUUUAAAAACAAUCCUAUUUGCAUCUCCAGAUGCUAUUAUUAACAGCUUUCAUCAGUAUUAGAGCUUACGUCUAGGUGUGCAGGGACCAAGGGUGUUAUGAAAUUCAGUGCCUAGCGACACAAAAUGUCACCCUCCGAUUGUGAAUAGCAGUCAAAUGGCGCCAAAACCGCUACUAAUUGUCCAUAUAACUACUGUUUUUGUUUUGUUCUGGUUUUUUUUUUUUGGUGUGCUUCAGGUGUUUGUUGGCGACACAGACGAGAAUACUACCGUUUAUAACGAACUCAAUGAACCGAUUGUAGCACACUACACACGUUUUCAACCAACAGCUUGGCAUAACCACAUAUCAAUGAGGGUGGAACUAUAUGGCUGCAAAGGUACUUUUUUUUUGGUAACAUCCUUCUUUUGUGGAAUUCGGAAAAAAUACAAACAAAUCCUUGCUUAAUUUAUCACUUUUGGAAGCCUUUACUACUUUACUGCUAAUAUUAAUAUUUACAUUUACCGUCAUGGCGUUUCGUGACCGCUGAAGAAACCUAUUGAAGAAACCUUUAAUUCUGAUACUUUGACUUGGGCGUGACUUUAUAGAAUGCCCAAGAUAGAAAAGAAGGAAUUCAUGACUCAAGUUGUUCCUAUGCAUUGUGGAGACCCUUUGGGAAAACAACAAACAAUAACAAACACACAAAAAUAAAGUUCAGACGAAGUAAGAAAUAUUUCAUUUCACAGCUUUGUUAAGGAGCGUUGCUCCCAGAAGCGUUGAGUCUCGCUUGCUUGGAGAUAAGAUAACAAAUGAGGAGGCUAUUAGACCGCAAGCGGUCGUCCUUCUUUGCUAAGGGCUACGUUCGGCGAGCAAAAAAGUAAAAUUAUGCUCUCGACCUACUAUGACUCAAAAGAAAAAUAAGAGACUGCUCACAGUCUAGGAGGCGAUUAAUUCUGCACUAAACAGGAUUUAGCGACGACCGGGAAUACGUUGGCGGUGGCAGGCUAUACGCGUGUAUAAAUUACAAGAAAAUCAAGGGCCUUGAUUCGGGGAAAAUUACAUCAUUGCCAAACAGCCGAAAAUUAACCGCAUGCUCACCAAAAGACUUAUUUGCAUACAACGAAAGUUUACAACACCCAACAUCCUCAUCCCCAGGGCUCUUCCCUCAAAAAAUGGGUGGGACGGGAAAAGGCCCUGCAUCGGCUGAUCACGUGUCUCCUCGUAUACCCUAAAAUCCUGGGUGUAAUAAAUUAGCGCUAUGUAAAAAGCUAAAAUUAUGCGUAACCUCAAAGCGCGCGAUCUUGAGCGACCUUUUAUAUCCUUGACGACUAACGAAAAGUUUUACAAGAUUUCCUUUUUGUCACAGAUACUGGCUAUGGUAAUUUUUUGCUUUCCUCCGAUUUCUAUGAAGGGGAAAGCGAGUAACAUUUGUAAAACUUCCGCUCAUAGAGCGGUAUAAAUGACAAACAAGCUAUCGUACAUGCAUAAAGGGAAAGUCCGCUUUCUCGACUCUUCUGACAUUUUAUUUCAUUUCUUGCGAAGUGGGCCGCCGCACACAGCCUAGUUCUAUUCACCUUAACUCUCGGCCAUAUCAUAGCGACACUCGUUGGUUUAGACUUAUCCUGCAUGACCCGUAUUUUAAAAAAAUUCAUUGACCUCUGCUAUCAAACGACUGACCAACAAAGAAAGACUUGGGUCCAUUUAAAAUCGAUGAGAGCUCUAGUUGAUUCCAAUCGAUCAAUCAAUCUUCCCUUUAAUAUGAGGAAAAUCCUUUGUACUUAUCCUCGAAAGAGAAAAUAUAUAAGAGGUCUUCAAAUGUUUCAGACAGGCGACCUGUUAUCGUCCCUGGCAGGAGGGCUGACUUGCAUCCGGCGCGGAGAUUUGUUUGUUUCAUGGUCCGUUUGUAGAGAAGACCAGACUCCAUAAAGCAUUUUGAUGAACAAUUUUAUUUCAAUUAAGUUCAACUUUUUUAAACUCACUGCAGAUCCCGGAGGCAAAGGCCCACAUUUUUGUUUGACAUUGGACAAAAUCACUUUCCGCUUGAUCGUACAGUAAUUCCACAGUCACGAUGAAGUUCAGAUGAAGUACUAGUUGAUAACAGCUUGUCUCAACUCUGAAGCAUCUGGCAUAUUUUGUACGUGACAACGUUUAGCCUGCACGCCCUUUCAUAAACUUCUAGCAUUUGAAUAAUGCGCAGUUAAAUGGAUCUUAAGCUUUUGAAUCGCACACACGCGAAAAAUUGACAUUUGACAAAGAAAAAAAUUGACACAGUUCGUGAUGUUAUUAUUUUCCAUUGUUACUCCCUUCUGCCAGUGCAAAACCAGUGGGUUGCAUAUAAAUUAGCUUCUCAGGAAUAUUUAGGCUGUACACCUGACCAGCCGAUGCCAGGGCCUUUUCCCGCCCCACCCAUUUUUUGAGAGAAAAGCCCUGGGGACGAGGUUGAACACCCAAACCAGUUAGCCUCACCAUCAAAGUUUUGCUAAUUAAUUUUUCUUUUUUUCGACCAUUGAAGUUUUCACUUUUUCUAAAGUAAUUAACGCUUUCAAGAAAUAGAAUUCGUGGACCUACCCGUUCCGGAAAAGCUCUAAGCCGCAUUAAUCUUUCCUAAGCUUUCUUCGCAAAACAUGCAUGGCUUCGGUUACACAACCGUUCUUAUUUCCCGUUUCCAAGGUCUCCGCUAGGAACGCCUGGGAACAUGAUCUCCCUUUUGUGUCCUGAAUACGAAGGAAAAAAAACGGCUUGCACAUCUUAUGAGUCUCGCUGCUUGUGCAAGCGAGACUAAAAAGCGUGCUGCACGUGCAAAGCUGUUGUCCUGCCAAUAAGAAAUGGUAAACGUGCAGCGUGCAACCAUGGAGUUAUGGAGGCACGCGGGAGGUUGCUAAGCACGAAAGAAGCGUAAGAGUCGCACGAGGCGAUAGCCGAGUGCCACUCUAGCUUCUUGAGUGCUUAGCAAACCUCCCAAGUGCAUCAAUAACUCCAUGGUUGCACAGCUGCAACAUUUACCAUUUCUUUUAUAAGAAAAUCAAAAGAGAAAAACAUUAUUUUCCAUUUGCCUUCGGUUGAGUCAUCGGUCCGCGUUGAUGUAUGCUGCCGUCUACCCGCGCGUAAACAAAUCUUGUUCUACGUUUUUCAAAAACUUGCCUUUGAGUUUUUCUUUCGCUGAAUCAACCGUUCUCCGUCUUCAGGUAAAUUGCAAAACGUUUUGUGUUGUUAUUCUCUUGGCAUCUGUUUACUUGCUCUUAAUAUUAGGGUAAAAACUUUGAGGGAAAACUACAGCUACAACUAUAAACACCAGCUAAAGCGACUCUAAAAAAUAAGCUAAAACUAAAUAAAUGACAUAAUUAUCAAGCUUAUUUAUGUGACAAUUUUUGAAAUAAACGUAAAGUAGAAAUGAGAAAAUUUGACUGUAAUUCCUUUAGAAUAACAACUAACAUCAAUUUUAAAAAGAAAUUAACUAGCUUUGUAUCGAAAUAUCUCGGGAAAUCCAGCUAUGAAAGUCAAAGUUGCAUCCGUGAAAUUCGCCGACAAACAGCCGGCGCUGAAGUUGUUGUUUUUCGACCGUUCUCUGAACGACUGUUAUGAAUGGACACUGAGGAACAAAAUAAUACACACAGAAGUUAUUUUUUGAAAAAAAAUUAUUUGAAAACCCAAAUGUUUCUUUACUCAAAUGAAAUUCGCUUAUUCCAGCUUAAUGUGCCCUUUUAAUAAACUCAACUAAAAUUUUUAAUCGAUGCGAUGAAAACUUCACAACAAAGCUGUCUCGAAUUUGAGCUUGUUUCCUAAAACAUUUCCUUGAAUUUAGCAUCAGCUUGACCAAAAAGUCAAUAACACAAUGCUAAUUGAUAAAUUUACAUUUCAAACAGGCUUUCUCUUCUAUAAAAAACACAAAAUGUACCUUAAAUCUUCGCUCGCUCGAUUUUCCCUCAGCCGAUUCUAGCCGCGAGGAAAACAGUGCUGCUUAAUUCAUCCAGGGGAAAUUUGUCGCUUGAUCUUUUGUCUUUUUAUCGACAGCUAAGUAUUUUCUUUAACUUCCACUUUUCAUCUGUGCAUUUCAUCUGUGUAUUUUACCGUCAGGAGAGGAGGUUUGUUGAAUUUGCUCAAAUUUUACCGCGCCAGCUCAGUUUCUUGGCGUGCACCCACGGGCGAAUGGUAGUGGCUAACUGACCAAUCAGAGCGCGCGAUUUACUUUUGUUAUGUUAUAAAAUCCUUUUGCUUCUUUGCCCCACUCGUUGCUUUUUUUGCGUAACCGAGAAAAGUCAGCCAUUGUUCUUGUUGUUGUAAUUAUUCCGUUUUAUGCUCCCCGAAGCAUUAAGAGGAAUAAUGAAAAAAAUGAUAAUUAUAAUAAAAGAUUACACGCGAUUCUACGUAUUCGUAUCCCAGAAUAAGGUUGAUCGAAGAAUCCUAAACAGGUACCCUAAACCUUCCACUCCUUACUCAAUGUACAGUAAAUUGUACUUACAUCUUCAAUAAAAACGUCAUUCGUAGGAUGUUAAACAUGUUGAAGUUACAUUUACUGUGGCGUUUCGUGACCACUGGGCCUUAAAAACUGGUUUCUUGUGGUAAAGAAUUGCGUACCUUCUUGAUAAGUCGGCCAAGUAAAUUGCUUGUUAAGGCCUUGGGUGAAGCUGUUCCUGUUAACACUAUUCCGAGCUGGCGGCCCAGCCAAUAUAAUCUCCCCCUUAAAAUCGCCAGCACAAGUAGUAUGAAUAUAACAACGUGAAUUCUUUAGGUCUGAUUCAUUAUAUUUCCUAUUGAAGAAACCUUUAAGCUUGAUACUUUGGCUUCGGCGUGACUUCAUAGAACUGGCCCAAGAUAGAAAAUAAGGAAUCAAUGACCUAUGCAUUGUGGGGAUUCUUUGGGAAAACAAUAAAUAACAAACAAGCAAAAACAAAGUUCAGACGAACUAAGAAUUGUUUCAUCUCAAAGCUUUGCUGUUGAGCGUAUACAUGCCUUUUUUCGGUCUCAGUUAAAGAGUCCUAAGUUUACGUAAAAUGCUUAUGGUUCUAAACAUUAUAAACGGAAACGAAAGACCGAAGUAUAAUGAAAUCAGAGUAGCUUAUUAUUACAGGUUUGUUUGAUAUCGCCAUAUAUUUUUACUGUUGGAAUGAACUUGCACGUUUUGUUAGGAAAACCCGUAUACCGCCGCUGGUUUCUAGAUGGCAGUGAUCCAGAUGUGAGGUUAGUGGGGUUAUAUGUCUCUAGUUUGUUCAAUGUUGGGGGCGAGGCGAGGGGGGGCUGGGGGGUGGGGGCGGAGGCUUGGCUUUUUAUGCCUUACCCCUACUUUCGUAUUUCAAAAGAUUUUAUACGACAACGACUUCCCUUCUUAGUUCUCUCUAACUCUUAAAUAAAUUUUCAGAUUAACCAUUGUCUCUUUCAUGAUGACAUCCAGGUUUCAGCAUCGCCACAAAACUUAUGCAUUUGCAUUUCUGACUGCUGCAGGUGGCAUUACACUCAUAGCGUCGACUGGUUAAUUUUUGUCUCAUAACUUAGGAUUCGAGGGUAAAAUAGUGCCUUGCAUGUUCCUAUGACAGGUAAUUCUUUUAUUCACAGCUAGAUUCUAUUCAUUGGUUUUUGUUAUCUUAGAGGUAUUUUGGUACCGUUAACCAUGCUGAAGGCUGGUGUCCCGGAAGCAAAGCGGCCACUUUCAGUCAGAAUGGUUCCUAUGCUACUGUCCCUAACAUUAACAUAACAACCUGUGACUUUACAAUUGCAUUUUGGGUAAAGUAUAUUGGUGUUCACGGGCCUAUAAUGGCCCUUUGGUCAAAGGGUGGAAAACUAUUUUACGUGACGGUCAAGAAUUCCCGACUCAUUCUAUCGAUACACAACACUUUCCACUUACAAAUCAAUUACUGGAAUCACGUAGCAGUAACCUGUCAGCUGCAUAAGAUCAAGGUGUUCGUUAAUGGUACGGAGGAGGCACUGAUAGACCAAUGGAAUGAGUAUUUCUUCUCAUCGUUAGGCCGUUAUCAGCCAGAGUACAUCAUAGGGCCAGAGUACAUCAUAGGGAAUGAUCCGGGUUUAGUCCGGAUGCCAAUGGCAAAUGGGGUGUUUGUUGGAGCAAUCAUGGAUCUUUACGUGACUGGAAAAGCUUUAUCCGUGAAGCAGAUUGGUGACUUAAUCAAAGGCAAGAGUAGUAUCUAA